GGAUUCAACAUUCGGUGUGCACACUCAGAUUCAAUAUCCGGGUGUGCACCAAUUAUAAUCCUAAAUAAAACCACCUCAUACUCAUCCUCUCUGUGUCAAACAAACGAACAUGCCGAAAAAGAUAGUCAUCCAAGUACAACUAAAAUGCGACAAAUGCAGAACCAAGGCCCUCAAGAUUGCUGCUGGAACAGAUGGUCUGAACUCGGUGGCAAUACAAGGGGCAGACAAAAAUGAGCUGGUUGUGACCGGAGAUGGAAUUGAUUCAGUUGCUCUCACCUGUAUACUCAGGAAAAGGGUUGGAUAUGCGACCAUAAUCUCUGUGCAAGAAGAGAAAGCUCAAGCAAAAGCUGAUCAACCGCCGCCAAAAAAACCUGAUCCUCCCACUGAGAUCAUUCCACCAAUAUGGUACUGUUAUCCUCCCACGUGCCAAGAACUAGUGGUCUGUGAUCCAAACCCAAAUCCCUGUUCAAUCAUGUGAUUCCAUCGUCGCUUCAAAAUAAACGCGCGCGCGUGUUUUCUAGUUUCUUAUAAUUUCUUCUUAAUGUUAAUCCUACCAAGCUACUACGUCUUUGCCUCUUUUGCUCUUGAUGCUCUUGUUGGAAAUAAAUACCAAUUCCAUUA